AUGUUGAACAAGAUCAUUCUACUGUUGUCUCUUCAGAUAAGUCUCCUAGGAACCACUUUUGGCGGGAAUGUUCUGAUUUGGCCAAUGGAAGGUAGUCAUUGGCUAAAUGUUAAGAUAAUUAUAGAUGAGCUGAUUAAAAAAGGGCAUAACGUGACCGUUCUAGUUGCUUCUGGUGCACUUUUCAUCACACCGACCACCAGCCCAUCUCUGAUAUUUGAAAUAUAUGAGGUACCCUUUGGCAAAGAAAGAGUAGAAGGAGUGAUCAAGGACUUUAUUUUGACCUGGAUGGAACACAGACCAUCUCCUUUAACCAUCUGGAGAUUCUAUCAAGAGAUGGCCAAAGUCAUGAAGGACUUCCACAUGGUGUCCAGAGAAAUCUGUGACGGUGUUCUCAAAAAUGAAAAGCUAAUGGAAAAGCUGAAGAAAAGCAAAUUCGAGGUCUUGGUGUCAGAUCCAGUCUUUCCUUGUGGUGAUAUAAUAGCUUUAAAAUUGGGAAUACCAUUUAUCUACUCCUUGAGGUUUUCUCCAGCCUCAACAGUGGAAAAACACUGUGGGAAGGUACCAUACCCUCCUUCCUAUGUUCCUGCUAUUUUAUCAGAACUCACCGACCAGAUGUCUUUCACUGACAGAGUAAGAAAUUUCAUUUCCUACCAUCUACAGGACUAUAUGUUUAACACUCUGUGGCAAUCGUGGGAUUCCUACUAUAGUAACGCUUUGGAUGGUAGCCAUUGGUUAAAUAUUAAGAUGAUUUUAGAAGAGCUGAAUCAAAGAAAUCACAAUGUGACUGUACUAGCUUCAUCAGCGACUCUAUUCAUCAACUCCAAUUCUGACUCUCCUGUGAAUUUUGAGGUGAUACCUGUUUCCUACAAGAAGAGCAAUAUAGAUUCCUUAAUUGAACAUAUGAUAAUGCUGUGGAUAGACCACAGACCGACUCCUCUCACACUCUGGGCUUUCUACAAAGAACUAGGAAAACUCCUAGAUACUUUCUUCCGAAUUAAUAUACAAAUCUGUGAUGGAGUAUUAAACAACCCCAAGUUAAUGGCAAGACUUCGGAAAAGUCGUUUUGAUGUGUUGCUGGCCGACCCAGUAACAAUCUGCGGAGAUCUGGUUGCUCUGAAAUUAGGGAUUCCAUUUAUGUACACCCUGAGGUUCUCCCCAGCAUCAACAGUGGAGAGACACUGCGGAAAAAUUCCAGCACCUGUGUCCUAUGUACCCGCAGCCCUUUCCGAGCUCACGGACCAGAUGACCUUCGGUGAAAGGCUUAAAAAUACCAUAUCUUAUCCCCUGCAAGACUAUAUAUUUCAAUCCUACUGGGGUGAGUGGAAUUCAUACUACAGCAAAGUCCUAGGAAGACCCACUACGCUAUGUGAGACCAUGGGUAAAGCAGAGAUUUGGCUCAUCAGGACAUACUGGGAUUUUGAAUUUCCUCGUCCAUACUUACCAAAUUUUGAGUUUGUAGGUGGACUGCAUUGUAAGCCAGCCAAACCAUUACCUAAGGUUUUGUGGAGAUACAAAGGAAAGAAGCCUGCCACGUUAGGAGCCAAUACCCGGCUCUAUGAUUGGAUACCACAGAAUGAUCUUCUUGGUCAUCCCAAAGCAAAAGCGUUUAUCACUCAUGGUGGAACCAAUGGAAUCUAUGAGGCUAUCUAUCAUGGGGUGCCUAUGGUGGGAGUCCCAAUGUUUGCUGAUCAGCCUGACAACAUUGCUCACAUGAAGGCCAAAGGAGCGGCUGUGGAAGUGAAUAUAAACACAAUGACAAGUGUGGAUUUGCUCAAUGCCUUGAGAAUAGUCAUUAAUGAGCCUUCUUAUAAAGAGAAUGCUAUGCGGUUAAAAAGGAUUCACCAUGAUCAGCCUGUAAAGCCCCUGGACCGAGCAGUCUUCUGGAUCGAGUUCGUCAUGCGCCACAAGGGAGCCAAACACCUGCGGCCAGCCGCCCACGACCUCACCUGGUACCAGUACCACUCUCUGGACGUGAUCGGGUUCCUGCUGGGCUGUGUGGCCACAGCUGUAUUCUUGGUCACAAAAUGUUGUCUGUUUUCUUGUCGAAAAUUUGGUAAAACAGGAAAGAAGAAAAAAAGGGAAUAGAUCUUUCUAAGUUUGCUAAAGGCUUGCAUGGGCAAUUCUGUUCAUUCUAGCCACAAAGACCUUAAACAUAUCUUCAUCCUAUUUCCAAAAUCCCAUUCCUCUCUACCUUAACAUAGAUAUAAAUCCUAGAAUUCAACAAUAGCAUCAACCAUGGGCAUGUUCCAUUCUUUCUUUGUCUUUUCCCAGCUGGCUUUACUCUCUUCCUCAAAAAUUCCUAAGAAAGGUACACAAAUAAUUUUAUGUUUAUCUAUUCAUAAUAUCAGGCUUCCCUGGUGGCUCAGAAGGUAAAGAAUCUGCCUGCAGUGCGGGAGACCUGGGUUUGAUCCCUGGACUGGGAAGAUCCCCUGGAGAAGGGAAUGGCAACCCACUCCAAUAUUCUUGCUUGGAGAAUUCCUCAGACAGAGGAGCCUGGUGGGCCAGAUACAGUCCAUGGAGUUGCAAAGAGCUGGAUAUGACUGAGUGACUAACACUUUCACUUUCAUUCAUAAUAUCAAUUUUUUAUUUUUAACUUUAAGUUAUAUGCUGACAAUAUACUGAAUCCUGAGGAACACACAAAAUGUAAGUCAAAGCUGAUAGAUGCAGAGAACACAGAGAAUAAAAUUCACAGUUUUUGCUAGUACACACAAAUUAGAAAACCAUCAUAGGAGACUAGUCUAUUACAAGAAGAGUAAUGAUUUUAUUUGUCAUAAAAGACUUCUGCUUACUAAGUGUUACUGAGGUCAGAGCAUGAAUUGAUAAUAACUGUGAUGGCAUAUCACACCAGGACAGUGAAAACCUGUAGAUUUUCACUAAACACAGAUAACCAUACCUACAUUCCUGACUUUAGUCAGAAAAUAUUCUUGUGUACCAUUUUGUGCAAGAGACUGAGCACUGCCUUCAAGCAAGAGAUCUAUUGAAUCAUUGGUUAUUUUUUUCUCAGGGGCAGAGAAUGUCAGUAGUAUGUUAAGGAAGAAGAGAUAAUUUUUAGAAAAAAUAGCAAGAAAUAUAAAAAACAUUUUAAUAAUUUUAUGAAAAUUGUAACUUAUCCUACAAUGAAUAAUCUUAAAGUUAAGGUCCAAAUCAUUAUAUUUAAAAAUUUUUAAUGCUCAUAAUCUAUAGCCACUAUAAUCAAAAGUGUCAUUUUAUGUCAAAAAAUAAAUAUUUACUCAACUGAUACAAUUAUUAUACUAGUUUUCAGUUUCUAUUUUCAAUAAAUUUAAAUUCAUCAA